AUGAUACAUGCAAUAUUUUACAGCAAGUUUGACACCCAGGAAGGCCCAAAAGUUGUUCAUCAGGUCCCCGAUGGAGCCAUCGUACCAUCCCCAACAGCGCCUCCGAACCAGCCUCCACUGAUUUCUUUUUCCGACAUAUCCUUCUUCGUGAUUCCGCGACAGGAGCUAUGCGGCAACCUGAUUCACGUCUGCUUGGGCGGAUAUCGCAUCCUCGGAUACCCAGUCUGCAUGACAUCACCGCGUUACGACCGAAAUGAGUUUAUAUUCAACUUCUGCAUUGUUCUGGCUGAAGAUGAGCAAUUUGGCAGUUUCAAAAGCGUAGUGCAGAAGCUGGCGCAUUUGAUGUGCGGCCUGGAAGAACAGUCUGGGUUUUUGUCGAGAGAUUUCUCAAAAGGUGGGGAGGGAAAAGUUUACAGUCUCUGUGAGACGAUGAUGGAGGAUUUGAAUAAUUACUGCGAAUGCAUGAUCCCAAUUGAUGAACUCAACACUUUGAAUAUCAAACUAUUUCCUCUCUAUCCCUCACCACCAAAGGUGAAGGCGUGGCAAGUACCACUCUUUACUGUUCGUUACGAAGCUUUCGUGGAUGAGAGCUGGGAUCUAACAAUGCAGAGAAUCGUACCUUUCAUCAACGGCGUCAACAGCAUUCGUAUAAUUGCCACACUUGCAGACGCAGACUUCUCCCUCACAUGCAGUGCAAUCCGACACCUCCUUUAUUACGGGUGCAUAUUCCUCCUAGACAUCUUCUCCUUCAAUGCGAUAUAUGCGCCAACAGCACAGUUCGGUUCAACCAUCGCAGUGGAUGAAGAAAUGCAACGCGAAUGCGCACAAUAUGUAAACACACGUUUCGCACGCACCCAAAGUGUAACAGCACCACAAACAUUCACACCCUUCACGCCAUCUUCCCUAUCAUCUGGCCCCAGAUGCAGUUCGAAGGCCCAAAAUGACGAACACCUAGAUUAUGAUGAAAUGUGGCCACUUACCGGCAAAUCUGGAAUCAUGGGUGCCAACCAAUGCGGCAGCAUCGUUGACGGAGUCGGGCUGGUCGAGCUUUACGCUAGUCUUAGGCAGGGCAAGACUGUAAAGCAAUGGUACAUCGAACACUUGCACGAGCUUGCCUACAUAGAUCUCAGACGCUUCAUUACAUUUGGUGUGAUAAAGGGGUUUUUGUACCGUGUGCAUAAAUAUGCAUAUGCAACGAAAUCCCCUGCACGGCCAGCUAGACAGAGUCGUCAGGAGCUUCCGUCCUCGUCGCCAUCAUCCUCCCUUUCACAAAGUACUAGGAAUGGGUCUUUUACAGGCAGUGGUGUAGAUAUAGCGGGAGGAGGAGGACGUCGCUUAUCUACCCGGAGUCAUCGGUCAAUAGGUUCACGAUCCGGAAACGACUAUGUCAGUACGAUGAUUGUAUCGCGUGGCUCGUAUGGCGAUAACGACAUCGCCGUUGAGGAUGAUAGGGAAGAUGGGUAUGAUUUGGAGGACGACGAGGAGGUUGUGAUUGAUGACAGGUCAUUGAGGAAAUAUCUCGAUGGGGCGCACUGCUUUGAUCAAAUAUGCACAGAGCUGGAAAUUAGUGAGAAGGAACUUACGAAUCGGCUGAAGAGGUAUCCGUAUGAAGUACAAAUUAUUGAUCGCUAG